UUCGCUUUACGGUACAACAUGGCGCUGCCCUGAAGGACGAGACUGUUUUGUGCUAAGGGCUCGGAGGAGUAGUACCAGAGGUGGACAAAACAGUGUGUUCUGCUCUGCUUGGACCCCUGCAUGCGACGCGUACCUUUUCCCGUAAUAUGGCGAACCAGUCGGUGUCGAUCCAGGAAAAAGUUAGCCGUCUACUGAGCAGGCAGAACGGCAAACCCGUGCUCCGCCCGAACCGGCCGCUCAGCCUGAGGGAUGCCGUGGCCAACCGCAAGCCCCAAAAAGGAGAGGCCACGUGCAUCACAGAAAUGUCGCAGAUGAUGGCCUGUUGGAAGCAGCACAAUUUUGUAGAGGAUUUGUGUUCCAGUGAAAUGCAGAACUUCUACUCCUGUGUGCAAAAAGCUCAAGCUGCUAUGAAAAAUAAAACAGCUGGAGUUGGUCAGGACGAAGGACGUUUGCUUCCUAAACAAGCCACAACACUGCUCAAGAGAUUUCCCAACCGUAGAACUGAGAUUUGACCCUUUCCCAUUUAAGUUUAUGGAGUUUUAUUGCAUCAACAUCACAACACGGACUUGUCCUGGAAACUGGUUGUGGGCCAGCUUUUGAAAAUAUCUGUUUGAAAUGUAUAUUAAAUGCUCAUGAAUAAAUUAUUAUGUUUUGGUUUUGAA